AUGUCGCAGCAGAAAGUGCUCUACCUGCAGUCCAAAAACGGGCCCUUCGCAGUCGCGUCAGCCCCGGUGCCCAAGCCUGGCCCGGGAGAGGUCCUCAUCAAGGUCCAGUCGACGGCACUCAACCCCGUAGACUGGAAGAUCCAAGCAUUUGGCCUCUUCCUCGAGAAGUUCCCUGCGAUCCUCGGCGGUGACGCAGCAGGCGUUGUCGAGGAGGUCGGCGAAGGCGUCACAAACCUUAAGAAAGGAGACAGAGUAUUUACGAAUGGCCUGUACGGGGUCUAUGAACAUGCAACCUUCCAGCAAUACACGCUCGGAUACGCCGAUGUGACUGGAAAGAUCCCAGACAAUCUCUCUUUCGACCAAGCUUCAACGAUCCCGCUCGGCUUGGCGACCGCAGCUACAGGACUCUUUCACGAGGGAGCACCGACCAGUAGUGCAGGUCUCUUCCCGCCUUGGGAAGACGGCGGACGCGCGAAGUACGCUGGAGAGCCCAUACUCGUCAUCGGCGGUGCCAGCUCCGUCGGUCAAUACGUCAUCCAGCUCACGAAACUCGCUGGCUUCGGCCCCAUCAUCACUACGGCCUCCCUCCGCAACGCUGAGCAUCUGAAGAGCCUGGGCGCGACGCACGUCCUCGAUCGCAACCUCCCCGACGCCGCCCUCAUCGCGGAGGUCAGGAAAAUCACUUCCGCACCUAUCAAGGUUGUGUUCGACGCCGUCGCCGAGUCCCAGACGCAGAAUGUCGGCUAUGCAAUCCUCGCUUCCGGCGGGACGCUCGUCAUCGUCUUGCCCAGCGCUGUGGAGAACAAGACGGACGAUAAGCGGAUUGCCCAGACACACGGAAACACGAACGUCCCGAAGAACCGCGAGCUGGGGGCGAGUCUGUAUUCGAAAGUGACCGUUCUGCUGGAAGAGGGUGUGAUCAAGCCGAACCCCGUGGAGGUGCUACCCAACGGGCUGCAUGGCAUUAUUGCUGGACUUGAGAAGCUCAAGCAGGGGGUCAGCAACGUGAAGCUUGUCGGGCGUCCGCAGGAGACGGCGUGAUUCUGGUGUGAUUCCAAGUGGUUAUGUAUGUAGAUUACCUCAGCCUCUAAAUGAAUCAAGUCGCCGCGGCGACUCCGACUCGAUACCACUGGCAAAUGGCAGACGUUGUGACAGAGUUAGCAUGCAGCACAUAGGUACUGCCUGCUGCGGCGCUCCGUCGAGACCUAUCCAAGGUUCAACGUUUCAACAUUCAGCCGGCGAAUUGAUGAGGACGACUUCCCUGCUUCUGUGGUACAUAACAGCGCCGGUGGUCUGCAACGGAGACUACAGCGCGGCUGAGCGUUCUCAUGUCCUCCUCCUCAUGAGUCUCCGGUACGGCUCGAUCCACUAGAAGGUUGAUCCCAGCUGGGACUACUCGAGCCACGUGACGCGUCACUGUAUGUAGAACCGCGCCGAUGCCACCCAAUGCCAACCACGGUUGUAUCUCG